UAGUAACUGCGCACCGGCGCCUCUCCUCUUUGUCGCUGAGGCGCUUGUUAUUUUCCUACAGAGCCGGAAGAACAAGUGACCUGCACAGCUGCAAAUUUCAGGAGGACAAAUAGCUAGAUUAUUUAUUUUUUUGGGACAGUCUGACCAGCGCUCGGUGUUCCUCCAGCGCGCUGCCUCGGGUGCUUUUCCGUCCCUGUAGAGGGCUGUGAUCGCGGAUCCGCUGCCAGGCCUCCAGAUGAGUUCUCUGAAGGAUCCGCUGCAGGAGGAGGAGUGCAGGAUCUCCAACGUGUCCCGGAAGCAGGAUGUGGAGCUGACAGAGCUGGGGCCGCUGCUGGAUGAGAAGGGAGAGGCUCAGGCGAAUGCAGUCUCCGCUGAUGGGGGAGGGGGGCCGUCGGGGGCCACGGCCUGCCCCGAGGAGGAAGAGGAUGAAGAUGAGGAAGGAGUGGGCAUCCUCACCCUUCCUCUGCAAGCUCACCACGCCAUGGAGAAAAUGGAAGAGUUUGUAUACAAGGUUUGGGAAGGGCGCUGGAGGGUGAUCCCCUUCCACGUGCUGCCUGACUGGCUGAAGGACAAUGACUAUCUCCUGCACGGGCACCGGCCGCCCAUGCCGUCCUUCAGGGCUUGCUUCCGGAGCAUCUUCAGGAUCCACACGGAGACGGUCAACAUCUGGACUCACCUCGUGGGACUCGUUCUCUUCCUGGCUCUGGGCCUCCUCACCAUGUUCCGGCCCAACAUGUACUUCAUGGCUCCUCUGCAGGAGAAGGUGGUCUUCGGGAUGUUCUUCCUGGGGGCUGUGCUCUGCCUCAGCUUCUCCUGGCUCUUCCACACCGUCUACUGCCACUCCGAGAAGGUCUCCCGCACCUUCUCCAAGCUGGAUUACUCGGGCAUCGCUCUUCUGAUCAUGGGCAGCUUCGUCCCCUGGCUGUAUUACUCCUUCUACUGCUCGCCCCAGCCUCGUCUCAUCUACCUGUCCGUCGUGUGUGUGCUGGGCAUCGCUGCCAUCAUCGUGUCCCAGUGGGACCGCUUCUCCAUCCCCAAGCACAGGCCCACACGAGCAGGUGUGUUCGUGGGGCUGGGGCUGAGUGGCAUCGUACCCACGAUGCACUUCACCAUCGCCGAGGGCUUUGUCAAGGCUGCCACGGUGGGGCAGAUGGGCUGGUUCUUCCUCAUGGCCGCCAUGUACAUCACGGGGGCGGGGCUGUACGCUGCCCGCAUCCCGGAACGCUUCUUCCCUGGCAAGUGCGACAUCUGGUUUCAGUCUCAUCAGAUCUUCCACGUGCUGGUGGUGGCUGCAGCCUUCAUCCACUUCUACGGAGUGUCCAACCUGCAGGAGUUUCGUUACGGUCUGGAGGGAGGGUGCACAGACGACUCGCUGCUUUGAGGAGCACGCCCCCCUCCCACACGGGCCAGAGCCCGCCAUGCCCCAAGUGCUUCUGUAACUUAAUGAUUUCAAAAUGUACACAGUGUCACCAAACAUGACCGUCAUCUUCCCUGCGUUUCAAUACCCAGAGUUUUAUAUGCUGUACUAAACUGUGUAACCAUUCCCAGUACAGCUGAGACUUUAAUGAAGAUUGAAUAAUGAAAUUUAAUUUGCACAUCAUUGAACUUCAAAGCCACCUGAUCAGAAUCCUAAAGUAAACUCAAAAGAGUUGACAAGCAUUGCGGGUUUUGUCUUGGGUUUUGAGUUGCUUCGAAGUUCUGCCGAGAAUUCUGACUGAGCACUUUGGAAGAUUUGAAUAAAAAAGCAACGUCUGUUUCAUGCAAAAUUUCUUUUUCACCCUAAAUUUGUAUUUGACAGCGUGCACAAGCGCUUACAGGGCUGUGGGUAUUGGAUCUAAGGGUGAACGCUGGGGUUAAUGUUGAUGCCACUGUAUAUAUAUAUCUCAUUUGGGGACUUUUCAUUUCUUACUGCUUAUCUGAAAGAGCAAUCCCAGAACAGGUUUGUUUCUGAAUUUGUAUUCUCUUCUAGCUUGGUUGGGCUGCCCUAUGCGGGGUUAUAUGACUAUUCACACAGAGUCGUAGUGUUUCUGGGAGCAGUCUGUAGCGUUAGACACAGAGGAAGGAGGCAUGUAUUCUCCGUGUUACUCAGUGAGCCAGUCCAUGUCAGACACAUGAUCUGGGACUUGAAUUCCAACCACAUUGCUUUUUAUUUGUUUUUGUGCCUGUUGUAAAAUCCUGCCCGGCCAGCUUUUUCAAACUCGCUGUGAAGCAGAAAAGGGCUGCAGAAAUUGCAUUUUGCGGCUGUCCCACUUCAGACACGUUUUUUAAGUUCAGAAAAUGCUUGCGGAUAUGUCAGUUAAAUGUAGUAAGUGUGCUGAUUUCGUGGCAUGUGUGUUUAGCAGAUUUAUAACGAACGUGAAAUUAGGGCUUGCAAACAUUCCCUGGUUUUCGGAAAGUGGUAGUGAUAUUUUUAAGCCUGAAUUCACGCAUGCCAACUUUACUAAAGGCAAAUCCUGUAUUUCAUUAUCUUAAUACGUUUUGUUGUUAUCAGUGAUGCCCAUGUUUCUACCCCAAUUUCAAAUCCCACCUCACGACAGCUACACACUUAGAGAUCGUGAACUCUUCUCACUGUCAAGACAAUCGCCUCUUAUCAACCUCUGAAUGUUACAAAGCUACUGAACCCUGCCUGGGAAGUCUUCACCUAGCCUGACCAAUAGGGGUCACUAUCCCCAGCCCAUUCUCCCCAACCCCACAAGAGCCAAUGCAGCGCAGCCUGGGGGUCCCCAGCCAAGACAGGCAGUUUGGCUUGAGCAGAAGCCGAACCACGCACAUGUCAAAUAAUGCAAGCCAGUCAUGUUGCAGCAAAGCAACGUUUUAAGGUGGACCAGGUCAAAUUCAACCAGUUCAACCAGUUCCCAGAAGGUCAUUUAGGGGUUUAACCCAUACCUAUAAAACACUCAUGACAGGAGGGAGGCUGGAAGCGAACUGGCGACCCUGUGCACCACGAGCGAGCGAGCGCCUUAACCUCAAUGACAAUCGACUACUAGUCUUUCAGGGUGACCUGUUUCUCUUCGCACGUGUGAGCUCUCUGGGUGCUGAUCUGUCUGCCCGCUGCAGAAUCUCUAGAUAAUCUAGUGACCAGAUCACGAACGAAUGAUACUGGAAACCUAGAUCUUCAGCACCAGAGGCUUUUGUUUUGAAGAUCUGCAUUCUAGACCGCCACCCCUUCACUUUUAACGAGAGUCACACCCAGCCGUGCGGAUUUCUUAAAGCUGCAGUCACGUCCGUUAGCUUCCCCAGCGCAGGCCUUUUCACUGCCCAGUUUGUUUACAUGCCCCAAAAGUAGUUUCAGCUGCCGAGACGCAAACUUCUUUGCCGCACCUCUGCCUGCAGCAGUAGGAGGUUAUGUAUUGGAGAACAGGAUCUCUGUCAGACCGCCACCCUGUCAAAACCCAUCACAGGUAUCAAUGGGACCUUUAACAGUUUCGUCAGCCAGCAUUAUUAAUAGAGAGUUUUCGAUCAUUCAUAUAGAUGACACGGGGGAAGUGUAGCGACAUUACGAGAAGCAGUCUUGUUUGUUUCCCACAAUCGCAUAGGAAGUGGUGUUGACAGAACUGAGUCACUCUGUGGUAUUUCUGUCUGUAAAAAUUUAACCAGCUCGAUGUCUUUACUGCUCUGAGGCGGGCGCCUGGUUUCUGUUGAACAGCAAGGAGUCUGACUUCCUCGGAUUUUUUAAAGACAUUCCCAGCAUUUGCUUUGGAAUCUCUAUCUUGAAUAUUUUGUUCAGUUUUGUAGAUGGGGAUCUCUGGUUUUUACAAGUACUGCAGAUCAAAAAAAAAAAAAACAUACUGCUGCUUCUUGGCACACUUCCUGUGCUGUGGGUAACAGGGUGUGAUUGCAGCUUCAUCGUUGGAGUGAAGUUGACCUACAGCACAGGAAAUGAGGUAACUGCAGCUUUCCUUUAUGUAAUGGUGCUUUAAAAAUAUACCUAACAGAAUUUUUAAAAGCUAAGAUGAAUUGGGCUAGUGAUUGUUUCCUGAUGCCCUGGUCGGCACUCCUUUAACAGGAUUUUAACUGAAGACUGUAAAUGAAUAUCUAAGGUACACCUGCCCUCAUUAACACUGUGUUUUUUUUUUCCAGGUUGAAUCAAUAGUGAAUUGUUGUUAUUUUUUUUAAUGGCACAAACAUCUCUUCAUUGUAGUGUACAUUUGUGUUCCAUCAAUGGACUGUUGACUGCUGUAUAUAGAAAGAUAAGCCUUUGAAAGGUUCAGACUAACUACUAACACAAGCGUGUAACAUUCUCCUCAGUGUGCAUUAAACAUGUCAUUUCAUUCUGUUCUUGUAUGUAGUUCUGUGGUCAGAUAUUUAAGUUUCUCACACAAGUAUUGUCACUUUUAGAUGUGAAAUGUAAUAUUAUUAAAUAUGGAAUACUCUGCUUACAAGGUGAA